AUGGCCGUCAACAAGGUUAUCCAGUACCAGAAAAUGUUCCAGGCUUCUACCAAGCCUUUGUGGAAGAGACACCCAAGAUCCAACUUCUACCUCUACCCAUUCUACGGUCUUUUCGCGCUAUCGCUCCUCGUCCCUAUCGCGCACAUUCCAAAUGCCAUCAUGGGGAUCAAGGCCAAGAGAUCAUAA